AUGCAUCGCCGGAAGCAGAUGUCUUGAAGCUGUUGAAAGUAAUUGAGACGCAUUGAUUUGUGUUAAAAUGAAUUUUUUUACUAAAGUAUUGCUUUUGCUACUGUUAGCUUUCCCGGCCGCGGUGCUUUUUAAAGGGCUGCUGGUGUCUGCGCAGGAUCUGACUGAGGAUGAGGAGGCUGACACUGCGGAUGAAGAUGUUGUGGAUGAUGUGACGGCUGAAGAUGACGAUGACGAGGCUGAAGUAGAAGAUGACGAGAAUACAGAACUGACUGAAGAAAAAGAUGAAGAGGAGGACGACACAUUAGUUAGAGAGAUGAAGGCUUCUCCUAAUGCUGACACCACUAUCCUCUUCGUCAAAGGAGAAGACUUCCCUGCAAACAACAUCGUAAAGUUUCUGCUCGGCUUCACCAACAAAGGAGCAGAGAACUUCAUCGUGGAGUCUUUGGACGCCUCUUUCCGCUACCCACAGGAUUACCAGUUCUACAUCCAGAACUUCACCGCUCUGCAGCUCGGCACUGUGGUUCCUCCCAGCCGACAGGCGACGUUUGAGUACUCCUUCAUCCCUGCAGAGCCAAUGGGAGGGCGGCCGUUCGGACUGGUCAUCAACCUCAAUUACAAGGACAGCAGUGGGAAUGUUUUCCAGGAUGCUGUGUUCAACCAGACUGUGACCAUCACCGAGAGAGAAGAUGGACUCGAUGGAGAGACGAUUUUCAUGUAUGUCUUUUUGUCUGGACUCGGGUUGCUUGUCAUCGUCGGUCUUCACCAGCUGCUGGAAUCCAGAAAGAGGAGGCGUCCGGCUCCAAAAGUGGAACUGGGAACUUCAAGCCACAACGACGUGGACAUGAGCUGGAUCCCUCAGGAGACUCUGAAUCAGAUCAUGCAGAGUCGUAGAGACAAAGCGUCUCCCAGACGAUCUCCUCGCAAAAGGAACCAGAAACGCUCUGCCGGCUCAGACGAGUGACGGGGGGGCCCUGACGCUGCUGACGUGAUCAGCUUUCACCUGCUCGUCUCUGGGGGGAGGGGCUGUGGGGGCGACCCAGAGCGCACGCUGGCCUUUUUCCUCCCACCCCCCGCAAAACUCUACCAGUGCCAAAUCCAGUAAAAGGCUUAAACUGUCAAAUACAGUCUCACACCUCCGUGAGAGACGACAAAAUAUAAUAUACAGCAGCACCCCCCCCCCCCCCCCCCCCCCCCCAAAAAAAACAACAAAAAAACAAAACAAAACACACACACACACUGAGAAAAGGAUCAUUCUGAGACUGGUAAUUUUCCCGUCACUCAAUUUUUUUUUUUUUUUUGGUUUGUUUGUUAAAGCCUUUAUACAUGAAUGGCAUACCCCCCCCCCAGUUUUAUCUAUCUUUCACCUGUUAUUGCCAUCAUUUUGCUGUAUUAACUCCAGACUUUCUGGACUCGCAGACACUGAUUCAUCCACUCAACUGUCAUUCAAAACCUCAGGCCCCUCCCCAACUUAAACUUUGCUUAGUGAUUCCCCCCCAGCUCUUUGUGAUAUUUUAUAAAAACCUACAGAUUAAGGAUCGAGUCUGUGUGAAAUAUAAAAUUUUAUUCUUCUGGAAGAACAAAAAAAAGUGUAAUGAAGUGGCUCACGGGAACGUGUACAUAAAAGUUGAUUUCAAAGCGCAAAAAUGUUUUUUCAGAAACUGCUGUUUUAAGUCGGUGCACAGCCUACUGUCAGAUGUGUGUACUGCAGUCUUUAUUAGGACGGCGUGUAGGUGGAACCACGUCACCGAGGCUCUGAGCUCCUCUGUACGUUAUCAAAAAUAUGUUCCAUCAUCUGAGCUUUUGCGUCUAAACUUCAGUUUCACGUCACACACUUCCGUGAUUUGAUCUUGUGUGCGGCUACCUCAUACGUUUGUCCACCAGGGGGCAGAUUGGCAUCAGUGUCCUGUUGGCCCUAGAAGUUCUUCCUCUUCAAACCUUCUGCCACGUUUAUUUUUGUUUUCUACUUGUUCUACUUCCAAUAAGGUUAUACUGCCCCUUGUGGUUGACACUGUUAGUUCAAACACAGCGAACUACAAGGUGACAUGCAAUUAAAAAAAAAAAAAAAAGUGCCUUAAUUCUGUCAUCAGCUAUUUAAUGUAACAUGUCACACAUUAAUGAUGGAAAGACAGAGCAGAUUGGUUAAUUGUUCUCUUUUUUCUUUCUUUUUUUUGCAUCGUAAUGUUAACUAAUAAUCUUGAGGAGCUGAAUGAAUCUAAUGCAGGCAUUAUAAUUACCUCUUUCUUCUUUAAACUCUGUCUCAUAGUUUAGGCAGUAAGCAGCACAGCGCCACCUUGCUGUGAACUCUCUGGCUCAGUGGCAGAUGACAAAGUGAGGAAUUGAUUAAAUUUGUGCUAACAGCAGCUUACCUCAGUCUCCAAACCUUCAAUAUAUGACUUUUUAAUUCUUUUUUUGUUGUUUGCCUGAGCAGCUUCGAAAUCAGAACUAAUCUGUAAGUGACUGAAAUCAGGAUUAGUUUGAAGCAUGUUGUGAGACUGGCUGAAGCACUGGUGCGUUUAAAAAGAAAAACGCACUAAAUUUUGAUGAGCAAAAUUGUCAUUUGAGUGGCAGAAGGGUUUGUGUAGUUUCCUUAUUGUACCACUAGGGGGCUUUGGUAGCUUGUUCUGUGGAAUCGCGAAGCGUCCUGCUGUUUCAUGAAGCAGUGAACUCUCCAGGCUUCAGUGUGUUGUGGCUGCAUGUUGGAGCAGAAGAUGCUGUGGAGGAUCUCAUUGGUCGGCUCACACGGGCCAAACACUGUGGCCUGGCUCCAGGUUCUGUGCAGUCUGCAGUACCACAACCACCAGAGAACUGAUUUUUGUCACCAUGAAUACCAGUUUGCAUCUUGAUUAAUUUUUAAUUGUGCAGGAGAAAUAAAUGAUUUGCUCUCA